CAUUGAUCUGUUUGGACACACCCUUUAUUAUUCCUGUGGAUGUAAUGCGCAUGCGCGCUCAUUCCCCACGUGUGAGAAACCAAGAUCCAGAUCCAGAUCCUCCUGGCAGAAUCAUCUUUGUCUUGAGGGCCUGGUCUGAUAUUAUAUACACUGAACUACAGAUCCUGGAAGAAUCAAUUUUCUUCUUUCUUGAGGUCCUGGAAUGCUGUGUGGAAUUGGAGGAUGUACAGGCUUCUCACUUGGGCCCCUGCUCAGCAUGGUGCUUAAAAUCAAUCCAAGGGUCACAGGGGAUCACACAAGAGAGAAAAUAUGCCAUGGGUCUGUGUGCAUGCAUGGAGACAUGCAUGUGAACCUAUGACAGGACGGUAUCUAUGAGGAUAUGAAGGAGUUGGGCAGACGCACAUCACCUGACGUACGACAGAUUGAUUUGAUGUAUUCAAAGAGAAGUUGAUCAACGUAUUAUUAUGGUGUGUAUAUUAUAAUUAUACAGAUCGAUAUAAUGAACAAUCAUCUAGUAAAUAAUGUAAUGGAAGAACAAAACGUUCAAUCAAACUAAUUAUCUCUA